GCUACCACUUUAUUAUGGCCUACCAUGAGAAGCCUGUCCUCCCUCCCCCCUUCAUCCUCCUCUGCCAUAUCUACUCCCUCUUCUGUAUGUGUAGAAAGAGGAAGAAGGAGCAUACCUACGGACCAAAGCUGUUUCUCACAGAGGAAGACCAAAAGAAGCUUCAUGAUUUUGAGGAGCAGUGUGUCGAGACGUACUUUCAUGAAAAAGAUGAUCAGUUUCACUCGGGAAGUGAGGAGCGUAUACGUAUUACCUCAGAAAGGGUUGAGACCAUGGGUAUGCAGCUGAGGGAGGUUGGAAACAAGGUCAACUUUAUAAAACGCUCUUUGCACACAUUGGACUCUCAGAUCGGCCAUCUGCAGGACCUCUCAGCUCUAACUGUGGACACCCUGAAGACCCUCACUGCUCAGAGGGCGUCUGAGGCCAGCAAAGUCCACAAUCAGAUUACCAGGGAGCUCAGUCUCUCUAAGAAUGUGGUCCCCAGCAUCGGUCCUGUGGCAACAGACACUGGCCCCCACUCCAAAUCAUCUGCGAUAGGCAAACGCAGUGUGGGGGCCUUCUUUGGCUCAUCUUUUCCACUGGCAGGAGCCAACAUCGCAGAUUCUCUUUUUGGGAUUGGUGUAGGGGGAGGGGCUGGGACGGAGAGUAGCCGGAGAGUCGGGAACAUCCCUGAAGCAGGACUAGGGCUGGACCCAAACUUUAACCCAGUGUUGAGUCCAGAAAGGAGGGGGUUGUUUGGGCUCGGGCCCCUUUCUGCAGAGGCUUGCUCCUCAGGCAGUGUCGGCUCCAGUGCCUUUGUCCAAAGUGCUGUGGCCAUUACCCCCCCAGAGCUGCGUCUCCGAGGUCGUUCUCUCACCCAGAGUAAACUGACCCGUCCGCAAGAGCCGGGCUUUUCCGACUCCCCAUCGAGCCUGCCCAGUGUACCCUCCUCAAGGGCUCAGUUCAACAUCAGCUGCAUCGCUUCCCAGCCCACUGGCUCCAGCCAACCAGAUCUCACACUAGUUCGUCUUAACCAGCAGCCCCAGAAAGGACUCUAUUGGCUCACCUUUCAAGCCCAUGGAAAACUACCACUACUCAGCUGUAGAGCGCAACAACUUGAUGAGGCUUUCCCAGAGUAUCCCCUUCACCCCUGUGCCUCCUAGGGGGGAGCCGGUGACUGUGUACCGACUGGAGGAGAGCUCCCCCAACACUAUCAACAACAGCAUGUCUUCCUGGGCCCAGCGGGGCCUCUGUGCCACAAUUGAGUUUCUUAGCAAGGAGGAGAUGGGCGGAGGACUCAGACGGGCCCUCAAGGUGCUGUGCACUUGGUCAGAGUACGACAUCCUGAAACCAGGACAUCUGUAUAUAGUCAAAUCCUUCCUUCCUGAGGUGGUCCAAACCUGGCAAAGCAUCUACAAGGAGGACACCGUGCUGCACCUUUGUCUCAGGGAAAUUCAACAACAACGAGCUGCUCAGAAGCUGACAUUUGCCUUCAACCAAAUCAGGCCGAAGACGAUUCCUUAUUCUCCGAGGUUUCUGGAGGUGUUUCUGCUCUACUGUCACUCUGCCGGACAGUGGUUUGCUAUAGAAGAGUGCAUUACUGGGGAGUUUAGGAAGUUCAACAACAACAACGGAGAUGAGAUCGUCCCCACCAACCUCCUGGAGGAAACCAUGCUGGCCUUCAGCCACUGGACCUACGAGUACACCCGCGGAGAGCUGCUGGUGCUCGACCUGCAGGAUCUAAAGUGGAAUGAUUACACUCCAGAUAAGUUGACGUUCCCACAAGAAGACCCUUCCAACCAGGGUGCGGUGUCAAAGAUUCCCGCCAAUCAAUGAGGGUGAUGCUGUGAUGGCUGUAAAGCAAGAGAGAGAGCGUGAUUGAUCACAAGGAGCAGAGAGGCUUUCCCAAUCAACUGGAAAAAUCACACAAGUGUUUCCAUGGAAGCCAGUACGUGCAGACUGUGUCAUGUUUUUGUUGAUCCCACCAAAAUGCUGUGUCAAACACUACAAACAAUACUAUCAAAAGGGCAAUACACACAAUAUAGACACUACAGACAAUACUAUAAAAAACAAAAACAUAAACAACAACAACCUAUAACAAACAUUACAUACCGUAUUAACCAGUACACAAAAUAUACACUCCAUGUUAUAAAAAUAUCAAUGAUCACAUAGUUGAUUUGCCUUCAGCCAAGUCUUUAAGGACAUUUUAAAACUAACACACAAUUUCUAAUGUGGAAUGGAAUUAAGUUCCACUUUUCUACUAUAGUAAAUGAAAAAGCUUGUUGAUCAAAUUUAGCCUUCCUAAAUUGAGUGUAGCAGUCACCUCUUAUGGAAGCCCUGGAGACCCUUAUAUUUAUCUCUGCACAACACAUUGCUUGCGUGGUGGUGGUGCAAGAUCAUGGGUCAAUUUAUACAUCAGGCAUAUGUCUGCAAAACAGAGAUAACUGUCAAAGGUUAAUAGGUUGUGUUUUUUUAUGAUGGUGCAGUGAUGGUAGUUUCUUGUUUUUUUGUCAAGAACUUUCACAGCUUGUUUGUAAAGGGUACUUAGGGGUUUAGUGCAGUCCCACCUGCCUGGGACCAGCUUGUAGAACAGUAAGAUAAAUGUGAGAAGAUCCUGGAAUGCAACAACAGUUUAGCUGCGGUUAUUGGUAUCUGGUGUCUUAUAUGUCUAAAAUUGGCUAUUAUUUUCCCAUAAUACAGAUAUUAGGCUGAUGUUGUGUAAUAUUCCUCUUAAUAGAGAAAUACAUGCCCACUGUUUUACUUACAUUAAGAGUGAGACAACUGAGAGUGGACCAGUCUGACACUUUGUUUAGUGCUUCAGUAAGUUUUGCUGCAGCUUGUUCUCUAGUUUUUGCAUGGGUAUAAAUAACUGUAUCGUCCGUGUACAAUUGGAUCAGGACUUCUGGGCAAAUCACUGGCGGAUCAUUAAUAUAUGGACUAAAUAAAAUUGGUCCUAAAAUAGAUCCCUGAGUGACUCCAAAAGGGCUGUCAGCAAAUGAGGAGCAGCUAUCAUUAAUCUGCUUUCUAGAGUCUAAAUAAGACUCCAUCCAUGUCAGAGUAAUGGGAGAGAAAUUAAUCUUUGACAGUUUGGAUAACAAAGCAUUAUGAUUCACUGUAUCAAACACCUUCUUAAAAUCAAGGAAACAGCCCCAACAACCCCUCCAUUAUCAAGGCUGGAUUUGAUUUGUUCAAUAAAGUAACAAGUAGCUGUUUCUGUGGCAUGAUUUUUCUUGAAUCCAAACUGAAAAGUGUGCAGUGGAAAAUGGCCUUGAUUUAUAGCAACUGGUCACAGACUAUCCGUUCCAUUACUUUAGCGACAACAGGGAGGAUACUAAUAAGUCUAUAGUUGGUUAUAAUAGGUGCAUCUCCAGCUUUAAAGAUAGGUGUUAUUACUGCUGAUUUCCAGGCAUUAGGAAAAAAAACUUUGUUCAAUAGAUUUACCAGAUGAGCAAUUGGAACACAGUGUAUAUUUUUAUACUUCUUCAGGAAUGCACAAUCAAAGACAUCUUUAGCCUUAGAGUUCUUAAACUGGCCUAACAUUUUAGUUAUGUGAGAUUCUGGCACUUUGGAGAUGCUAAAUAGUGGAAGAUUAUCAUUCAAUGGUGUUAACCUUCCCUCUUGGUCCAAAGCCUUGUGCAAAAUCUUGAACAGAAUAUAUAAAAUAACUAUAAAACAUAGAAGAAAGUUGGUCUUUAUCUUUAGUUAAGGUUCCCUGUACUUGUAAUUCAAACACUUUAUCUCUUUUUUUGAUGUUCUUCUUUAAAGCUGUGUUGAUGUUUUCCCAAGUUUGCCUACUGUUCCCUUUUGACUCAUUUAUAAUACCAAUAAAAAACUUUGCUUUUGCCUUUCUCAA